UCGGUAUCCAUGCCAUUCUCGAAAAAAUUGGUUUUGAAAAUGAUGUAUCUUUGUAUUCUUCGUGUAUACGAUCCAGCAUGCUUCUGUUUUGAACGGAUCUAAUAAUCCUCAUCAGAUGUUUAUGAUCGGAGCAACAUAUUUUUCAAGAAAAUCUCUGGUCACCGUUUCACUUUACCAGCUUAUUUACAUGUCUGAACUUGACCUCCAGAUUCCUUCUACUUAUGUCCCAUUUGCUGAAAGUAAUGCUGAGGAUUCUGCUGCCGGGUCAAAAGACUACGUUCAUAUUCGCAUCCAGCAACGAAAUGGUAGGAAAAGCUUGACAUACGAGCACACCACUGUGCAGGGUUUAUAGAAAGAAUUUAGUUAUAAUAAGAUUUUGAAGGACCUCAAGAAGGAGUUCUGCUGCAAUGGCACUGUUGUUCAGGAAACUGAACUAGGCCAGGUCAUCCAGCUUCAAGGUGAUCAGAGAAAGAACGUCUCUACCUUUCUUACCCAGGCUGGCAUAGCGAAGAAGGAUCAUAUCAAGAUUCAUGGUUUCUAAUCUAAGCACACAAUGUAUGCAAGUUUAGUGGUUAUACGUUUGUUUGUGAUAACUUCUGUUUGAUACCUUUAUUAGUUCUAGUACCAAUGGCAGGAUUAUGAAAAUGUGUUUUCUUAUCGGUAAAAAAAAUAUCUUUAUUUGUAGCA